UUUUCUCAGCAACUGCGUUUGUUCAUUUGUUUUGUAUUUGCGUCUUUACAGGGACUCCUGGAUAAGUACCUGAUCCCCAAGGCUAGCAAUGCCGAGAGCAAAGUAUUCUACCUCAAGAUGAAGGGUGACUACUACAGGUAUCUCGCAGAAGUCGCCACUGGUGAAACCAGAAAUACCGUGGUAGACGACAGCCAGAAGGCAUACCAGGAUGCCUUCGAAAUCAGCAAGUCAAAGAUGCAGCCUACCCACCCGAUCAGGCUAGGUCUCGCCCUCAACUUUUCUGUCUUCUAUUACGAGAUUCUCAAUUCACCAGACAAGGCCUGUCAACUGGCCAAACAGGCGUUCGACGAUGCGAUCGCGGAGCUGGACACACUUAAUGAAGACAGCUACAAAGAUUCCACAUUGAUCAUGCAGCUUCUGCGCGACAACCUCACUCUGUGGACCAGUGACACGCAGGGCGACGGGGACGAGCCACAGGAGGGCGGCGACAACUAACCUUCCUAAGCUUAAGUCCUUUCUAAACCUAAUAAGAACAUCCUAUUCUCUAUCGUCCCCCCGUCCCCCUGAAGUGCUCACCCAUAUGUCCAUCCACCCAGAUCCAUCCAUCCAUGUCCACCUGACCUCUUGUCCCUCGCGUACCUCGUUUCCUUCUUUCCUUCCUUCCUUCCAAUCGAAGACCUCCCUUUUCCUUAAAUCACUCUCCUUUUCAAAAAACUGAUCUUUCUCUCUUUUUCUCUCUCUAUCUCUUUCUCUUUCUCUUUUUCCUGACAUGACCGCACACUGCUGCCAAUGCCACCGCCACAGCUGCUACAUCCGGUUUGAAAAAUUCGAACGUCGAGAGCUUUCGAAUUAUUCACUAAUGCUCGAUCGUGUCUGUUCGCGAAUGAUGGCAAGAAGGAUCUUAAAGAUCGAACUUAGACUCGAAAUUGGAAUCUCGGUCGAUACUCGGGAUAGACGGAAAGGCAAGAACGUUGAUCGUGAAGCAUCGAGUCAAGAAGACUAUCAUUGGCGAGGAGAGAAGAACAAUCGAGUAGGGCGUGGAUCAUUCGGUCUCUCGCGCACGAAAUUUCUUAAAUAAAAAAGGAAUCCAUUUAUUAUUGACCCAUUUGUAUGGAGGAACAGGAAGGAGCGAAUUGUGGAUGAAUAGAGGAAAGGACAGGAGGAGACACACACACUCACAUCUCCCCUGCAUACCUUGUCUCGUUGACGCGAAAAUCAUUGCGCGAACGCGCGCGUGCAUGCAUGCACCUCAUUGUCGAUAACGCACAUAGCAGAAAAAAGAAAGCAAACGCUAGAUUAUUUGAGUUUUGCGAAUAGAAAACGAGAAAGUGAUGUACUAUUAAAGGGUAAAUCACAUCGGGACGAGACAUGGAAUGCAGAGGACCGACCGACCCACUGUCAUUACUCCCAAAAUCUGUUCGCUGCUUACCAUCUCAAAAAAGAAAAACAUUAAAGUUAAAACGAGAAAAGAAACAGCGCGGAGGUACGAGAAGAAGCGAAGAGAACGAGGAAAUGAAAAAAAAGCACGCAUGAAUCUACUGCAUUAUAUCCAGUUGUCAUUUAAAUUAAAUUUCACAUUGUCUAGCAAGUAACGAAUAUUAUUAUACGAAGGGAAGAAUGCAGGAGGAGAAAGGAGAGUAAAAACAAAUACAUUAAGUUAUUAAGUUCCAAAACAAACAACAGUGGUGACUUGAUUUUUCAAACACUGUAUCUUUUUUUUUUUUUAUUUUUUUCUCCUCUCUCUCCAACAUUACCACCAUGAUUGCGCACAUGAUAUGAUUUGCAUGCAAUUCAAUAUCUCUUCCUACGCGGAUUUUCCUCCCUUUUCCUUUUGCCACGACCGAAACCUCGCGAAUUUACUGAAAGUCCGAAGUCGCGACAGUCCGACAGUUUGGGAUUAAGUUCCUUGGAUUUCUCUUAUUACUUUUCAAUCUGUCUGUAAUUUAUCCACGGAGAGAAAAGAUUGAAUCGAUCAGGGUCGUUGGUAGCAUAUAAGUAUUAUCACAAUUGUGUUGUAACGCGAAGAGAAAGAGAAGACGUUUCUCGUCGUCGUUCUGGUCGUCGUCGCGGUCGUUCGCACAUAUUUUCCCCUAAGUUUCGUGCGAUCGUGAAACGGAAUGCGGAAGAAGGAGGACGAGGAUCUGAAGAGCCGCUCGUUUCCCCAUUGUCGUCGUCGAGCGCAGAGAUUACACACGUGCGACACGUUAUUAAGAGAUUGCAUAUUCUGGACCUUCAACUUCCUCUCGCUCUUCUAUUCGACCGCUCGUCUCUCUCUCUUUCUCUAUUAUACUAUACGCAAUUAUAUAAUAUAUACACAAAGAUAUAUAAAUAUAUUUAUAUCACGUAACUCUUAGCAAGUUUGUAGCGCGGUCGAGAAGAAUGGAGAGAGAACGAGUUAUACGCACACAACAUACACACGAAUAGAUAUAUAGCCACGUAUUUACUUUCGUCCUGCGAUAUUCAUUUCCGAGAGUUUGCGAGAAAAUUAUAUACGUGUUGCGAAUCACGAUUUACAAUUGCUUCUCGAAGAUAGCGUCGUGUAAGGUAGAGUAUCAAGGCUUCCUCGAGGGAGAGGAAGCUCGCAACGCUUGGUCCCUCGAUCGAGGUGUACACAUCGAAGAAAGUCACGGAGAAGAAUUUGCAUAUACAAUUACGAUUGAUUGAUUAGAAUAUAAGACCGAGACGAUGUGUCGAAUAAUAAAUUACGCAACGUAUUUGAAUUGAGUGUUAACAAUUUAUAUCGGACGAUUUAGGUCUUCGACGUGUACCACGUGUUUGUAACGCGAUGUAAGUAUUUCGAUCAUUGUUAACAGAAAAGAUUCUACGUUAGAGGGGAAACCGCAAGAUUCCAACGGGAGGUCUAAGACUAUCCAAAAUCACGCUCUCCGCUCGCGUUCGACAUCCCGACGCGAAGAGAAGAAAAAGAGAUAUGAAACGAGGAGCUGAAAUGCAUCCUCGUAUGCUCUUCUCGUAUAUAUAUGUAUAAUUAAGUAUAUGUAUAUACGCGCGUACUGACAGCACAUAUAUAUAUAUAUUCAUACAUACACACAUACACACAUUGUAUCACGCAUAUGUAAUAUCGCCGCCUAUGGGUGCCAGCCAGUUCUCAGCAAGUUAGUCGCUAAUUACACGUGAAUGGGUAAACGUUUUCCUGUUAUCGCGUUAAUAUUUCUCGAUGUAUAAUCGGUGUGUCUUUGUCGCAACAACAUUGUCCGUAAUCGCCGGGAAGGGGAGAAACACGCGGGAAUAACGUUCGGUUGCUAGGAAGGAAGGGGAGAAAGAGAAAAACGAGAGUGAGACGGACGCGGUGUCGAAGAGACGAUGAGCAGUGACAGCAUUCGAAUGGCGACUCUUCCUAUCCACCUUCCUCCUCCUUCCGUCAAAUGGGAGCGAGAAUGAAUACGUGUACGAUUGAAGUCUCGUGUUUAUAAUUCAUCGCCGAUAUCAGUUUCGUUUCUAUCGCAGUAGUAGAUGCGGGACGUGGAAAUCAAGCCGGUACUCUGGCAGAAAUAAUUCGCGAUUUGCGUCCAUUACAGACGAGGUCUUUUAAUGUCGAGGCAGGAUAAAAUGAAGAUAAGAUACAGAUGACAAGAAAUGAGAUGUAACGUGAAAUAAGAGUAUAUUUACGCGACUUGGAGAUCAAAUACGAUCGUGGAAAUUCUUAUGCUUGCUUCUUGUCGUUUAAAUCUUGUUCUUUCGUUUCGUUCUGCCUCGAAAUUUUGCUAUUUAAGAGACUUAAGAUCGAGGAGUCGAACGAUGAAGGCUACAGCCUACAAAUUUCAUCUCUCUGAGCCUAUCUCUUCCGGAAAGUCCUCGUUCAACGAGGGCUGGCUGGGCGAGACUGGGUGUGUGUAUGUGCGUGCGUGUGUAAUCAAAAGUGGUAAGAUACGCAGGCCAUCACGAUGCCAUCGGCCAGCGGGUCCUCAGAUAUAUCAUCCUUCUCUUUUCAUCCCCACCUCUCGCGAGUCCUCUUUCUCCUCCGAGUACAAUAGUUCCUCCUUUCGCCUCUUUCUCUUGAAUCUACUCUUCAGGGAUGUUUUCUUCAAUCUAACUUAUCCUUAUCCCGCUCACCACCCAAUUCAACAAAUCGAACGUUAACAUCUUGUGUUCUUUUCAUUUUCUGGAUAUUAUGAAUUUUCUAAAAUAAACGUUAUAUGUUUUUUUAAUAAUCCUGGCAGUGACUUUACUCGGUCGGGAGAGCUAUCCUCAUUAUCAUCAAUAUCAUCAUCAUCAUUCAUCAUCAUCAUCAUCAUCAUCCAGCAUCAUCAUCAUUAUCAUUAUCGUCAUAAUCAUCAUCAUCUUUAUCUUCAUCUUGAUCUUCAUCUUCAUCGUCAUCUUUAUCUUCAUCAUCAUUGCAUUAUCAGCGGCUUCUUAGCACGUAAAGAAUUUCUUCGACCCUCUUUACCAUCCAAGUCUCCUCCUUUUUCAAAUCGAUUAUCUCGAAUAAAAAACACGAGCUAUACUUUUUGAGGGCAAUUUGUGCGUACGUUAGCGAUCGCGAGAAGAGCGACGACGACACGUCUUUUCAUUCCACUACAAAUUCAGUCACAUGAAUUCACACGAUUUGUCCUUCGUUAUCCUGCUCCCGCUCUUUUCUUCACAUACGGAAAGCCAUUGCCAUCCAUCCAGCUACCUAUUUUCCUCCAACCAUUUAUUCUCUUCGCCUUUUCUUCCCCCUUUUCUUCCUUCUAUUCCACCCUUUUCCUCCCCGACCCAAAUUACGUUGUUCUAUUUGUAUUUAUCAUCAACCCAUCGUAAUUGUAAAUUAUAAUUAUUAUAAACGUUUACACGAAAUAAUAAAUUCUGAUAAAAUGUCUGAGAAAAAAAAACCAUAAUCCACAGUUUUGUGUGUCUUGCUUUGCGACGACGAUUGCCAUCGUACCGAAGGAGGCGUUUGUACAUGCUCGACGAUGUUUCACGAUCCCGGGACAAAAGUCGAGAUUACAUAACAUGUGGACUUCAUCGUGAAUCGUUCUAAAGGCUAAAGGAUUCCAGCAAUAUCGCUUAUCAAUAAGCUGUCUCAUUGGAUCGGAAUGACUGUCUUCUUUCAUUCUUCGGGAUCCAUCGAUUUGUUCGACACUUCGAAGCGAUUUGUUCCGUGCUUUUUGAAAGAGUAUUGAAAUCUGCGAAACGCCAAAUAAUCUGAGUAAACGCUUGAAACACGUAACAUUUUUUGAUAAAUACAUGAGAUGAUUACUCAUCGAAUAUACAAACGCUGAACGUCACAAGCGCGUUAUAGUUGUAUGUAAUAACUAAUAAGUUAAUGCUUAUUACAUACAUUUCCUAGAAACGGUUUUAUUUUAAUCUUUUAUCACGAAGUCCUACUUGCAAGUUCAUUUCCAUUCCACAAGACGAUGUUACGUCUUAUAUAAUUUUUAUCUUGCUGCUCUUUUUAUAUUUAUUUAUCAAUCAUGACUCAACGAACGACAAACGGUUCAUUGCUUUUGCGGCAGCUCGGGCGAUGGCAGAAAUUGCAGUUGCUGCAAUUCUGCCACAAAAAAUAUCAAAGAGGGAGAUAUAGAGAGAGAGAGA